AUGAGCUACCUCGAGAAGCAGAACCCUAUGGCCACACCCACGAAGGUCAAGGACGAGACAUGUGAGAGCAAUGACCCCGAUCGGUUCUUGGGUCUUUCGCCCGAGACGGCUGAGCUGUGGAAGAGUUUGGGCGACACGCCCGAUUCCAAAGCUCUCAAGGAAGAGUAUCUCCGCGCGAAGGGCAUGUCCAUUGUGGUGCUUGUGUUAAAGCAGCAAAGGAUUUUCGAGUGGGAGCUGCGGUGGAAGCACUACAUCCGAGACGACACAGAGGAAAACAGGAAGCGCCCACCCCAGGAUGAUGCUCAUGAUGCCACGCUUAGCAAGAGGAUGAAAGAAGAACAGGCUGCCUUGGACAAGUACAUGAAUGAACAGAUGAACAAGCUACGAGAGCAAAUGCAACAUGAGCUGCUUCAGCAUCAGCAGGCCCUUGCAGAAGCCAGGAAGCAGCAUGAUGCGGCGCUGCAGGCAGAACAGGAGAGGCAGGAGCAGAUUCUGAUGCAACGCCAAGCCGAGCAGGAGGUAGCCUUGCAGGAGGAGCGGGACCAGCACGAACACAACCUGUGCUUGCUCAUCGAGCAAGCCUCUUCUGCCCAAGCAGAGGCCGUACGAGCUACGCAGCCAGCACCCCAGCCUGCAAAUCCCAAGCCGGAUGCACACCGUGCAGAUGCUCAUGAUGUUAAAGCCAAGCUGCGGGCAAAGAUGGAAGCCCCGACACCCGCCCCCCGAACGGCCCAGCUUGCUUUGCAGGCCCCAGACCCGUCCCACGCCGCUGCUGCUCCACCUGCCACACAAACCCUGGGAGCUGCCCCGGCAGCCCACCUUGCUUUGGCCGUUCCAGGUGCUCAACAGGCCCCGCCCGCUGCCCCGACCCAGCUCGCUGUGCAGACCGCAAGCCUUCCACAAAGCCUUCCACAGGGGAUUGGUGCUGGACCCUUCAACUCCUCCACGCAUCCGAAUGCAUGGGGGGCUUUGUACCGAAUCACGCGGGCACCGGAUUGCAUGCCAGAGAUCCGCCAAGCGUGGGAUGCAGGAGACUUCAACCGGCAGAACCUCCUCCGCGACUUCAUUGGCCGCGGCAGCCUGCCAGACUUUGUGAUAGAAGGUUCUUGGGUCUUGAGGAUAGAGCCGGGCAGUAUGUACAUGGUGGUAGCCGAGGGAGCCAGAGCCAAGCUGAACUGCCUCAUCACCUUCCGGACCAAGACAGUGAAGUGGAGAAAGAAUCUCCAGGGCUACAGUUGGAAAACCGAAGCAGAGAUGCGGAAGCCGCCUCUCGAAUGGGAGGAGUCGAGGAUUCAGGGCGCCAUCAAGCACUGUGAGAAGAAGAAGCUCACAAAGAAAGACUUGUAUGACCCCAACAUCCGCAAGUUCCUCGUUCUCGUGCGGGAUGAUGUUGAAAGCGCAGAAGAGAAGCUGCAAGAGUUGCAGCAGGAGAUGGCGCAAAUGGGCCUGUUGUCCAGUGACUUUGAGCUCGGCGACAUCAUGGAGGAACUGGAUGGGGAGACCUCCACAGACCAGUCCAAGCCACAGCCAGGUUCCAAGAAGCGCUUGGCCGAGUACCCCACGGUCGAGGGUGAGGAAUCGAUUCAGGAGUAUCUUGGACAAUACCGACGUGGAAUCCUAACCCGCAAAGCUCUCUUGAAGGGUGCUCGUGAGCGGCUGGAGAAGGAGGGGGCAAAGGGCCAUGAGCUCCUU